UGGCGAUUGAAAGCAAGCAAAACAUCCUUAAAACGCAAUAGGUCUAUGUGCAGAAAAUAUAAAUAUUUUCUAGAACGUACAGAGUGACGCGGGAAAUAGAUAAGAACGAAGAUAUAGAGUGAUACCACGGUAGAGAUAAGCGAUUUCCCUACACUCGGGGGAGGUUAGUUGGUUGUAACCUACAACAAAGUGAGUACGAGUCACAGAGGAGUGAGAGUGCGUGUAUGAGGGCAGUGAAAAACGAAACCACUAGCUACUAGCAAGAAGCGGUCGGGCCGAAUUUGCUCCGAAACAGUGAGAGCGGUGUGUGUUGUUUAGUUCCCUUUAAGGUUUUCCGUUACUGCACCAUCGCGUCAAGAUGUCGUUCCUCAACAAUCUCAAGAAGGUGUUCCACCUGGGCAGCGGGGAGGCGAAGAAAAAGCGCAUCUUCAACAACAUCCGCAUGGACACGGACCCGAACGACUUUUGGGACAUGAUCGGCGAGCUCGGCGAUGGCGCGUUCGGCAAGGUGUACAAAGCGCAGAACAAGGAAACGCGCCAGCUGGCCGCCGCCAAGAUGUGCACCCUCGAGGACGAGGAGAACCUGAGCGAUCACAUGGUGGAGAUCGACAUUCUGUCCGAGAUCAAGCAUGAGAACAUUGUCGGUUUGUACGAGGCGUACUCGAUCGACGACAAGCUAUGGAUGCUGAUAGAAUAUUGUGAUGGCGGUGCCUUAGAUAGUAUUAUGGUGGAGCUGGAGAAACCGCUCACCGAGGCGCAGAUUGCCUACGUAUGCAAGCACAUGUGCGCCGGACUGAACCAUUUACACAAGAACAAGGUGAUACACCGGGACUUGAAAGCCGGCAACGUGCUGCUGACGAUGGACGGUGGCGUCAAGUUGGCGGAUUUCGGCGUCUCGGCGAAGAACAAGCAUACGAUGCAGAAGCACGACACCUUCAUCGGGACGCCGUACUGGAUGGCGCCGGAGCUGGUGCUGUGCGAAACGUUCCGGGACAACCCGUACGACUUCAAGGUCGACAUCUGGUCGCUCGGCAUCACGCUGAUCGAGUUCGCCCAGAUGGAACCACCGAACAGCGAGAUGUCGCCGAUGCGGGUGCUGCUCAAGAUUCAGAAAAGUGAACCCCCGAAGCUGGACCAACCGUCGAAAUGGACGAAAAGCUUUAAUGACUUUCUGGCGCGCACACUGGUGAAGGAUCCCCAGCAGAGGCCUUCGACCGACGUACUUAUGGCACUACCGUUCAUCAGCGGUGACCUGGACUCGAAACCCAUCAAGGACCUGCUGCUCGAGUACAAGGCGGACGUCGUAGAGGAAGAACUGGUCGAUGAAGAGGCAGAGAAAGCUAAACGACAAGCGAAACGCAGAUCGCUCUAUCAGAGGGAACCCCGCAAUUCUGCUCUACCGCUCGACUUGGACGAUGAUUCUUCAUCACUACAGAGUCAAGAAACUGAUAAACUUCCAGACACACCGACAUCCCUUUCGAAAUCGUCCAGAGAUUCGAAAGAAUCUACACCCGUUCCUAGCACCGAAGACGAGCCCAGCAAAACGAAGCCCAUCCCGACGGUUCCAGUUCCGGUGCCACCACCAGCGGCAGCAGCAGCAGCUCCAAUUGCUGCGCCAACUCCUCUUUCUGGACCCGCAGAAGUGGUUGUUCCGGCUGCUGUGGAGACGAAGCCAGAGUCGAAAAAGUCGCAACCGGCACCGGUUGCAGCGGUGUCGCCGCAACCAACAACGACCACGUCAUCAUCUUCAACCUCGUCCACGGUUUCCGGUGUGCCAGCGCCAGUUCUACCGGUUGCCAAGCAAGUUACGGCCAACGAUCAGCAACAACUACUCGAUCAGACGCCAUCGGUAGACGGUUCGGUGGUGGGAGGUGAGCAGAGAAAAGCGGCCGUCAUCGGUGCUGCCGGCGUUAAGAAAGGACCCGCACCUCCACCGCCACCGCAGACACCGACUUCACCGACGGCCAAACAUGCCAUGCUACCGCUGGCCGGCGCUGGUGCCAUGCCGAACGAAGGAGUUCCCCCGACACCACCGGAAACACCCCAAACACCUCCGGCCGGAGCUGAUCGUCCGGAUGCAACAGCGGCAAGUUCUGUUCCACCACCACCGGCGCUUGUGCGCAUGAGCAGCGCCGGUGUACUGAUCGACGAUCAGCCUAAGUCUCCACGCAAAGAGCACGCUCCUCCGACGCCAGUAGGAGGAACUGGGGCCACCAGCAAGGAUAAGGUGUCCCCGGUCGUCGUCGAACGUCCUGCGUCGCCGACACCUGCUAAUCAAUCGUUCAACAAUGUUGCCAUUCCGCCGAAAGCAAUUCCACCGUCGGACGAUGGAGACGAUGGUGGCGUUAAGAUGGUCCCCUCGACGCCCGGUAGCGCACGCCAGCAGCAGCAUUAUCACCCGCAUCAUCUGAUGAACUCUUCCUCUACCACAUCCAUUACCAUCAACGAUGCGACCGUGUUGGCUGACCCGUCGAACAGUCUGGCAAGCAAUGUGGCCCAGGUGACGGUGGUGACGAGCCACCCGCCGGUCAUCAUAGAUAAUUCGAUUCCACCAGCCGCGGCCACCACCACCUCCGGAACGUCCUCAUCGGCUUCGUCGACGAAAUCGUUCGGUUCGUCGCAGCAGCGUCGCUCGCGCAUCAUAUCAUCACCGGCGACCGGCGGCUCGGACGAGGUCGUUAUUGUCUCGAACGAGUUGAACAAAACGCACGUCAACGAAUCGUCGACGGACGACGAUUUCCAAUCCCUGGACAGUCUGGAGAACGUUUCACCCCGGCAUCGCCAGGGAGCGAUCGCACGCAAACUGGACGAGAGUGAGGUGCUUAUCGUUAGCCCCGGAUUCGACGAGGUCGCGGUGGAGCGCGACACCGACAGCUACGGCGACGGGGACGUAUUUAAUGCUAGCAUUAGUAACCUAAACACCAGCGGCAACGGAAGUAAGCUGCUGCUGGACACUAGUCAUGUAUCGGUGGUGACGGUGGGCGAGGAGGAGAUCAAGGUGAAGGACUCGUCCCAACACCACCCGCAGCUGAUGCUCAACCAAGGCCAUCUUCCCCAGCAGCAGCAUCCGCACCACCAUCUUCAUCAUCCGUACCAUAAUGAUUCCACCAGUGACUUGUCGAACGUGAGCUGUGGCCCGAGCGAAUCGAGUGACGACGUGAAGGUGGACAUUGUGGUGGGUGCUGGCGGCGGCCGUCAGCAACCGCUCCCGACGCAGCACCAGCAGCAGCGGUCGCCCUCGGGAUCAUCGAUUUCGUUACCGAGUCAAUCGGGUAAGGCGCCGGUUGGUGGUCCGGUGUCCACUGUGGCCGGCGCCAGUGGUGGUGCUGCGAUCAAUGGAAAUCGGUUUAACGGUGGGGCCGAGUUCCAUCAGAGCCGCGAGGACGUUAGUAUCAUAGUGAAUAGAAGUAAACACAACGAGAAGCAACGGAUUUCACCGGACAGCAGUGUCGGUUCACUCGAGGGCGGUGGAUCGGUCCGCUCGGCCAGCACCCCUAUCCACCACCAUCCACCGGCCGCAGCGGUUGUUAUCGGGGGUGGUAGCGGCAGUGCCGGCCACCAUCAUCAUCAGCAUCAGCGCAUCGGCAGCGGAAACGUAACGGUUGGGCCGAAACAACUGCACGAUCGAAGCGAUGCGGAAAGCAUUGCGACCACCACUAGUCACGACAGUCGCGAGCACCCUGCCGGAGCCACGCUGGAGCUCGACGAGGAGGUGACACUGCGAAGGAAACCUCUACCCUCACUGGACCUCGACGACGGAGAUAAGGUGCCACCGCUGCUGUCUUCCUCGUCGGGCGCUUCCACGCUUGUCAUUGGCGAGGGAACGAAGGCAGCUGCAGCAGCUACGGCAGGUGCCGGUGGGCCAGGUGUAGCCGCCGCUCCGGGCGCUCCCGGUGCGGUGCGACAGAAGGCGAACCGUAACUUCACCAAGGAGGAGCUGCACUUGCAAAAUCUGAAAAAGAAGACCCGCAAACGAACGCGUAAGUUCGAGAUCGAUGGCGUACAGGUUACGACCACCACUAGCAAGGUGAUCUACAGCGACGAGGACAGCAACAAGCUGUACGACGACCACCUGUUCCGCAAGCAGGAGCUGCGCGAGCUGAAGAUGCUGCAGAAGCAGGAGAAAAAACAGUUUUACGACCUGCAAGCGAAGGAAGCGAUCGCCAAAGAGCAGCAGGAAAAGAAGUUCGAGCAGGAACGCCUUCAGCUGGAGCGUACCUUCGAGGCGGACAUGGAUGUGCUUGCUCGCCAGCACCGCCAGACGGUGGAGAAGUUCGAACAGCAGCAGGAGGCGGAACUGCGGAACACCUCGAAGAAGAUCCGGGGCGAGCAGGAGCGUGAUCUAAAGUUGUUCCGCGAUAGUCUAAAGCAGGAGAUACGGCUGCUCAAGCAGGAGGUUGACCUACUGCCGAAAGAGAAGCGGAAAGACGAGUUCCGCAAGCGAAAAACGCAGAUGGAAUUCGAGCACGAGGAGCGUGAGAAAUCGUUCCUGUCGUCUCUGUCGGAGAAUCACGAGCUGGCGCUGCGACGGAUCAGUGAAAUCUACCGCGAGAAACUAUCGGCGACGGACAAGGGUUACCUGCAGCAAAAGCAAACGACAAUGAGAACGCGAGAAGCGAUGCUGUGGGAGUUGGAGGAGAAACACAUUCACGACAAGCACCAGCUAGCGAAGAGACACGUGAAGGACAUUUGCUUCAUGCAGCGCCAUCAGAUGAUUAUCCGGCACGAGAAAGAAUUGGAUCAGAUCAAACGUAUGAUCUCCCGGAAGGAGGAGGAGCUGCUGAAGCGACAGACGAUCGAACGGCGAGCACUGCCAAAGAGAAUCCGCGCCGAACGGAAGGCCCGCGAUAUGAUGUUCCGCGAAUCGCUGCGCAUUUCGAUGACCACCGAUCCAGAGUUGGAGCGGGAUAAACUGAAAAAGUUCCAGGAGCAGGAGAAGAAGCGGUACAACCAGGAGCAGCAACGCUUCGAAACGAAGCACAGUAAGCAACUGGAAGAGCUAAGGGCUACCUCAGAAGGUUCCAUCAGGGAACUGGAGCAGCUGCAAAACGAAAAACGCAAACAGCUGCUCGAGCACGAGACGGCUAAGCUGCGUGAGUGCGACGAGGCGCUGCAGAAGGAGCUGCGCGAAUGGAAGGCUCAGCUGAUGCCACGCAAACAGGCCAUCGAAAAGCACCUGAACCGCAUGGUGGACGAGUACGAGGACCGCUGGGGUCCGGUCGAUCGGCGCGAAUUCGAGGGUGACUUCAUCGUGCCGCCGGAGCUGCGCAAUCGCGCCAACUCCCUCAAUACCCUUUCGCUCCGGUUGCUCAACAUCACGCGCUCCCGUACGUUCCUUACCCUUCCCUCGGUCAACGGCGGUGGUGUGGGAGGUGGUGCCGGAGUGGUAGGCAUUGGCGGAACUGGUGGUGUAGGUGGCGGUGGGGGUGGUGGUAAUCGUAGCAGCAUACACAGCUCCGUGCCGGAUUUGACCCGCUCCAUGCCGAACACGCCCAACUCGGCUCACAAGCUUUCGCUCGCCUCGUCCUACGACUCAGUGCUGGAGGAGAACGAGGGCGAAAACUACAUCCCGAGGGGGGCUGGUGGAGGAGGAGGUGUGGCAAGUAGUGGGUACUCAGGUGGUGGAGGUAGUGGCAGUAAGGGAAGCCACCGCGAUUCCGCGAUCAAGUAUAUUCACACGAAUGACGGAGCAUAUGGUUCCGCUGGUGCUGUCCACGUGCGGCGCAAAUCAGAGGAUCUGCUGUCCGGCAAGGGGUCGUCGUCGGGUGCCCGCUCGGCGACGCGCAUUCCCAUCAAAAGUUUCCUCCACUCGAGUGCUUCGACGACGGGCGGCGGCGGUAGAGGGGAGUAUGAGUAUGGUAGUAGCUCCUCCCGGACGUACCAAAACUAUCCGGAGCCAAAGGAUCGCAGUAUCGUGUCGAUACGCGUCAAUCAAGUGAACCAUCGGAAGCCGGCCAGCAUCUUUGAUGGUAUGUCGAACCGGUCGAACAUUUCACACGCAUCGUACGCGUCCAGUGGCACGAUGCCCCGCACGUCCGGUGGCUGGGGAACGAGUCGGCUCGGUGAAAACACGUUUGCUGCCAGCGCUUCCGACGUCAGCAGCGUUCAUCGGCUGACCACAUUCAGUUCCGCCCGGGGUGGGCUACCGUUGCCACACGACGCCACGGCCAAUGGUGGCCGAAAGUCGGGCACAACGGGCUUGAAGUUGUCACCGUCGACACCGGUGCUGCUGGCGCCGGGCAAGGAUGAUGAUACGGUUGUUUAGAUGGAUUGUUUUUGUCCUCCUUUCUAUGUAGAUUGGAAAAC